AUGCACCUGACCAACUUUUCGAUCAACUACGAGAGUGAUGCGUUUGAAGACACGGAAGAUGGGGCGACGGGCAGCAAGCGUUCGUUGCGAACUGUGCUGGACUGCUGUGUGGCGGAUGGACAAGGCGUUUGGACGGAGAUCGCGACGUGUGUUCGCAAGACACUCCUUGCCAUUGGCCCGAAAAUGCAGGAGAACUAUCACAGCUACUUCGGGCGCACUCGCCAGUCUUUUGAGGAAGAGCCUGGCUGCAGAAGCGCGUGCUUCGAAAUUCUUGGGUUCGAUUUCAUCCUGGACGAAGAUGAGAGGCUUUUUCUGCUGGAGGUGAACUCGGCACCAUCUCUUUCCACACCAACAGCAUUGGACGAGGAGAUCAAGAGCAGCAUGCUCGGAGAGGCCUUCCGGCUGCUUCGCAUGGACGGUUCAGCAAAAGUGCGCCAUCGUGAGAAGGCGCAGCAGCGGCUGGCAGACCGGCAGCAAGAACACGUGGCGAGACGAGAGGAGCUCGCACGCUUGCGCGAAGAGCGGCUGAAGUGUUCCGUGGGCUUCCUCAGCUCCUUGGGCCAGAGGAAGUUACCGCCAAUCGCGACCAGUCGUCACGAACCUGGCGAGGCUAGCACCGAGUCGCAGAUGCCAAAGACGGGAGGAGACAAGAUUGAUGAGGGCGGCACUGCUGAAGACAGCGAGUCAUCAAGCGAUGACAGCUCGUCGGAGGAGGAAAGUGACUGGGAGGAAUGCGACGACGAAUUCUGCUUCCUUGGCACCCCUGUCAGCAGGAACUAUGUACAGAUCCUCCCUUUUGCCGGCAUGGAAACAGAUGAGUGGAAGGAGAUUCAAGCAGGAGCGGCCAAGCUUGCUCAAGGCUGGAACAUCAAUGCUCGACGCCCGCAGAGCCAACCAGUCUCCGAAGCACAAGGCACAGAGUUGACCAGGAGCGUCUAUGGGCUGGUUCGAUCUCCCUCCAGCGUUGCGCAGCAGAAGCAAACCUGCCCCAGAGCGGGAGGGAAGGCCGGUCUCGCGAGCAAAAACGCAGCCGCUGAUGCCGAGACGCUGCCGAUAGUGGUCCGAUCGGAGUCUAGGCCAGCCUUUUGCUCGAUGGAGGCAGAACUUUCUGCAGAGAAAAGCUCGGUGCCGGUGCCGAAGCUAGAGAAGCACUUGAGGCGGCGACGAAGCAGCAUCUUGCCGGCGCAACGUUCAAGCGGAUAUCAAGCCAUGAAGACGCCCGAGCCUCUCAAGUCUGCCAGGCGCAGGGGCCCGUUGAGUCCUGACUUCAUCACUCUGCGGCUCGAGAUUGCUCUGGUGCCGUUCAUAUUGUCGGGCAAUCAAGUGGCUGACAACUUGAACGAUGACCCAACCACUCCUUACAUCUACUUCGAGAUCCCUGGCGACCUCAGCGCCAGAGGAGCUGCCGAGGAGUCUUGGGUGAUCUUCAGCCCAACUCCUCCCUUGGCCCUUGUCGGCAGAUCGAGCGGUUUCUGUACGCCGCUUUGCCGAAUGGUGGCGGCCCGAGGAUACCGAUUAACUUCGGUCGCCAGGUUGCCUGCCAACUUCUUGGGUGCGAGGACAAGGUCGACUGGCGACAGUGCCAGGAUUCCAAGGAAGGCGAGAAGCCUGGCACUGAGAUCCAUCUGCCGGCCGCAGCACACCAGCGGCAGUAUGCGUACGCAGCUCAACCUGCAGUGCAGGCCGGCUAUUCGAGCCAGGCCGCAUUGGGUGCUGGUCUCGGAGGUGUCUGUGGGUGGCAGCGAUGAUCGAUGCACACUCUGUGUCCAUGUAGCAGAUUCUGUUCUCGGCGGUCGUGGGCUUUUUGCCUCCUCCACGCUCUCAGCGGACUCUAAGGUUUUGUCGCUUCCUUUGGAAGCAUGCCUGUCAUCAGCAGACCCAAGUGUGGCAGACCUGCCGGUCAACUCGCUCUUUCGACUGACUGAGCUUCUUUGCGCCGAAAUACAGAAGGGUGAUGCCUCGCGAUGGGCAUGUUGGUUUCGAUCCCUUCCUCGGGAGUGCGGGAGCUGGCCGGAGUGGCGCGAGCCCGAGCUGCGGGCGGCACAGCGCGGUCCACCCGAGCUCUUCAAGGAGGCGGUCGAUCUGGCUCGCAAGCUGCCACAGUGGCACAAGCAGUUGAGCCAGAUCUUGCCACAGAGCGUCAUUGCCGGUCUUGAUGACAAAGCCAGCUUCAGGCGAGCACUGGCCAUACUCUUCAGUCGCCGCUUCGGCAUGCUCUGCGAUGACAGCAAGGUUGCUGUUUGUGUGCCACUGGGUGACAUGAUCAACCAUGCGGCUACAGCUAGUGUGGAGGUUCAGUAUGACCAGGCAUCGAGACGGCUGACAUUCGUCACCCAAGAUACAGUCGUGGCUGGCGACGAGCUUCUGAUUUGCUAUGGGCAGCUGGACAACCUGGAACUAUGCACAAGCCAUGGUUUCGUACUACCAGAGAACCCCUUGGAUAGCAUCGUGUUGUCUGAUGGCGUCAAACUCGCCCGAACAUCUCAGCUGCAACUUCCAGCUUUGGCGGAGGUUCAGCAAAUGAUGGAAGACUUGCCCCCAAAAGAGGAGGAUGAAGCUGUGCGGACUGAUACCAGCAACUCGCAGGCCUGCCGCGCCAUUGCCAGUUUCCGGCUAAGCUACCGCCAGAUGCUGCAGCAACUGCUGGAUGGCCCUGCGCCUGGAUAG